UCUCUCAACUUUCCUCAGGCCUGUGCGACGCGGCGCGACGCAAGAGGAGGGGGCGUAGGCAAGAUGGCGGCGGUAGCGGCCGGUGUGGGCCGGUUAGAGGAAGAGGCCCUGCGGCGAAAGGAAAGGCUGAGAGCCCUUCGGGAGAAAACCGGACGCAAGGACAAGGAAGAGGGGGAGCUCAAGGCCAAGCAGCCCAGAGAGGAGGAAGAAGGCGAGAAGCACAGGGAACUCAGGCUGCGGAACUAUGUCCCAGAGGAUGAGGACCUGAAGAGGAGGAGGGUACCCCAGGCCAAGCCAGUUGCAGUGGAAGAAAAGGUGAAGGAGCAAUUGGAGGCGGCCAAGCCAGAGCCCAUCAUAGAGGAAGUGGACCUGGCCAACCUCGCCCCCCGGAAGCCUGACUGGGACCUCAAAAGGGAUGUGGCCAAGAAACUGGAGAAGCUGGAGAAGCGCACCCAGAGGGCCAUCGCCGAGCUCAUCCGUGAAAGGCUGAAAGGCCAGGAGGAUUGCCUAGCCUCUGCAGUGGGUGCCACCACCGAGCAAGAGGCCUGCGACUCUGACUGAGGCGUGGCCCACACCAUCUGCCGUCGGGCCUGUCCUGCAGGUGGCUGGGCUGGCCUGUUCUGGGUGUAAGAUCAGCUCCUCACCUUCUCAGAGCCCCCAUCACCCCAAGGAGACAGAGCUCUGUUGCUCGCCUGGAUCUGUACAUAUGGAUGUUUGGUCUUUUCUGUUUUGUGUAUUUUUUAUUUACUCUCUUGAAAUAGACACCAGUAAAGGGC